AUGAGUAUGAUUAAAGACCAGGAUGUGCCUGGUCGAAAUAGAAAUAGGUCAUUGGAAGGCUACGGAAAUCUAUUGGGGACGAGAUCCAAUUCAACACAUAAUACGCUUGAUGGAGAUAGGGAGAAGAGUAGAAUGAGAAGGAUACCAAAAACAGUGCAGGCGGUACUUCAUAGCAAUAAACCAACUAAUUUAAUUAAUGAUGAUAAUGUAACGCAAGCACAUGUGAAUAAUGACGGCAUCAAUUUGAGUCGAGAAAAAUUAUCGUCGAUUUCGUCUGAUAUAGGAUUGUCUCCAGAUCAACGUUUUUACCAGCAUUCCGACGAAAAUCAUAAGAUAUGCCCCCGGAUUAAACGAAUUAAAUCUUCUCGGAAACGAAGGCCAAUUCAAAGUCAGCUUUCAAAUCUGAAAUACGGAAACGAAGAAUUGGUGCAUAAUAGCAUAGAGAAUAGUUCGCCGUCAGAAACUUUAAGCAAGAAAAUAGAGGAGCCUAAUGGGAAGGAGAGGUUUUAUAAUUAUGGUAAUCCUGAUAAUUCAUUUCGUGGUUUGCAAAGCAAUGAAAGUGCAAUUAUAAAUAAUGUACAUUCUGAUCUUUCGUAUAAAACCACUGCGACAACACCUUCAUCAGUAAUAGCCUCUGCUGCUAAUAAAAUAUUUAAUAGAAUGAGUCAGCUUUUUAACGGUGAGUCUAAUAAUUUGUAUUCCCUAUCACGAGUCUCGUCUUGUUAUACUUUGAAAGGAAAUGAACGGUCUGAGGAUAAAAAAUCCCCGAAAGGAAAUGAUCUGGAUGCAAUAAGGACAGUAAGUGUAAAAUAUGAGAGCGAACUGGAUGAUGAAGAUUCUGAAUUAGAUGAAGAAUGUGAACCCGAAAUCUCACAGAAAAUGAAUGCUAAACAGAAUACAGACAAAUGGUCAAAUAUGCCUGAUAAUAUAAAUGAUAUCCAUCGCACUGCUGCAAAUAAAAUUAACUUCAAGGAGACUUUACAAGAAAUUAACGACUUUCAAAAUAACUUCGUGAAAAAAUACAAUAAUGAUAUCCCUGCACCUAUUGGAGACCCUGGUCAGAAAAAUACUAGUAGAACCUUGCAAAAAAUCUUAGAUUAUAAAGAUUUGUAUUCUGAGGAGGAAGACUCCUCCAACUCUACAUCAAAUACAGAUCUAUCUUCAAAAUGGCCCUCACUAGUUCCAGGAAAUACAUCAUAUGAUCAUGGGAUGAAAAUUCAACACGAGGCAAUAAUGUCUGAGUAUACUCAGAUCAAAUUACGAUUUUCCAGCUCUUUAUCUGGUGCCUCAGCGGAAACAUAUUACCUACCUAAUGAGAAAGUCCCAUCCAAAUUUCAAAUGAAAUCAAAAGCAGGAGUUUUGGGAUUUGUUGAUAGAUCAAGAUAUUUCACAAUGCAAGAUAACCAUGAAAAAGAACAUAACACUGAUAAUUUGGAUGGAUAUACAACGGAUAAUACAACAAACAAUUACUUCGAGAGGGUAGAUUCAGAGAAUAAGAACGAGUAUGUUUCCAAUCUAUGGAAGAACGAAGUAGAUCGCAUGUUUCCUACGCUUGAUUCCGUUUCUCCUCCUGACUUAGAACCUCCUAGGAAAAUGAGCAUAGACUUGAAAAGUGAAGAUUAUGAUAUUUAUCAAAACAAUCCUGACAACAACCAUACUGCUACCAAAUCUAUAGACCUCUCUCAGAUGGCAAGGAACGUACGGUUUAAGCGUUAUGCUUAG